CUAAAUAAAGCGACCAAUCAGAAAAACCUGCAAAGAUGUGUCAACUUGAUUGCGAAAACAGCGAAAAUAAAUAUUUAUUUUUUGCAUUUUAAAAUGUUUUUCAUAAAAAUCUUUGAUAAUAAAUAUAUUAAAAUUCCAACAAAAUGAAUGAAGGGGAAUGUGCUCAGUGCGAAUGUGAAUGUACUGGCAACAGGGGGAAGAAAUGCCGCCGAUUGUGUUCAACGGAGAAGAAGAACAAAUCAUCAAGCAAAGUCUCGAAACAAACUCAUAUUGUUGAGGAAACAGUAGAUGGCGUCCACAGCUAUUACUGUACGGCCUGCCAUAAACGAUUUAGGAGCCGUACCCAAAAAUAUUACCAUUUAGAAUGUAAUCAAUUACAUGAAAAACUGUUUCGAUGUGAUUCUUGUCCAAAGACCUUUUCCCGACAAUCACAAUUGAAAUAUCACAGAGAAUCACAUGCAUCUCCUGUUAACAAAUGUUCCAAAUGUGAUAAAAUAUUUUCAAAUCCAUUGGCUUUAAAGAAACAUGAAGGUCUGCAUAAAGCUGAGCCAAAACCUUGCCCACAAUGUGAUAAAAAGUUCUUAAAAAAGACUUCAUUGGAAGAGCAUAUAGCCCGUGAUCAUAUGCACAAUUUGCCCUAUGCCUGUGGCAAAUGCAAUAAAAAAUAUUCUUCAAAAUCCACACUACAGCUGCAUGAACUAUCUCAUGAAAAAAAAAGAUUCGAAUGUAAUUUGUGCGGUAAACAUUUUCAACGUAAUUCCAUUUUAAAUUUACAUCUAAAACGCCAUUAUCAAACAACACCAAACUACAAAUGUUGGGGGUGUGAGAAAAUGUUCUCAGAACUCGGUGCUUUGUCUAGACAUCGUAAAAUACAUGAAGAAGAUGCUGUACGCUAUUAUUGUACAUUGUGUGAUUUAAAUAUUUUGCGUAAGGAUAAUAUGGCAAGACAUAUAAAAACCAUACAUCCCGAUGAAAGUUAUGGGAAUAUUGUCCAGAUAUUAAAGCCUACUGCAAACAUAAACAAUCAGCUAACUGAAACCAUUACAAAUAAGACUGAAAGAGAAGAUGAUGUGCAACAGCAUGUUGUUGUUGAACCUAAUGAUAUUGGUGAUAAUACAUCUAAAAAUGUGGAAUCAUCAAAUAAUGUUGUCAUUAUUGAAAAUAAAUUAUUACAAAGGCCAUCUACAUAUUCCCUGGAUGACCGACAAACAUUGAAUCAAAUUCAUGUUAUUACUGCCCUACCCGCAACCAAACAGACUGAUGAUAUUCAACAGACAAGUGAAAGGUCUUUUGAAAUUUGCCAAAACGAUACAACACGUGAAAAUAAUAAAAAUGAAAAAUGGGAAUCUAGAUUUCAAACUCAACAAAAACUGCCAGAUGUAGGCGAUGUGCAAUGUAAAACACAAGACCCUGAUUUGAAAUCUAAAGAGUCGACAAUGUCCACUAAAGAAUCGGAGAACAUUCACCAGCCCAUUGUUCUUCAUACACCCUCGGUUAUACGAUCUGUGGGUAAUGUUAGUAAGAAAAUUAUAUUUCAAUUAAAUGAUGCCGAGGCAAUGAAAAAACCCAAGGUAUCUAACUCGGCAUUGGAUUACGAAUAUAAACAUAAGAAAUAUAAUCAUCAUUACAAUGUCGAUUUGUAUCGUAAAAUUUUGGGUAUAACUGGCGACGAUGACGAAGACAAUGAACAGGAAAAUAACAAUAAUAAUAAUUAUAAUUCUCAGUUGGAAGAACAGCCUGAAGUGAUAAGACCUAGGGAUCAAGAAGAAUGUUUUAAUGGAAACACAAAUGGAAAUGCUGCUGCCGUGCAUUGGCGUAAGAGUUUUAAGCACAUCUAUGAAACGUCUUCAAUGUAAAGAAGCAUAUAUUUAAGAAAUAUAUAUAAAUAAAUCUGAAUUCAAAUACAGAAACAUUUAUCGAGCAAUGAAGUGAGAUUUUAUGUUAUGUGUAAAUGUCAGAUAAUCUUCUGUGUCAGAAUUUAUUUCUCCAAACUUACUAA